AUGUCACUCACACUCCUUGGAUGCAUCUUUCACUCUAAUUUUUACCGCCAAGUGGACCCUAACGGCUGUCUUUACACCUACAUGCAACCAAAAUACUUCAAACUAUUGGGGUUCGAUCGGGAGCGGACAGCAUUUGCAGGGAAGUACGGCCUCCUGCUCUUUCGGGACCAGUACGACUAUAAACUGCAAAUCCAGCCAUUGGGCAUUCCGGCCUUGUUCAUCCCAGGAAACGCUGGAAGUGCAAAGCAGAUGCGAUCAAUUGCAAAGGAGGCAUCAAAGUACUACUACGAGAACCUGGCAGAAGGGCAGCGCGCAUCAUCAAGACCAAUAGAUUUCUUUACCCUCGACUUCAACGAGGAGUUUUCAGCGCUGCACGGACAUUCAUUACUGGAACAGGCCGAGUUUUUGAACGACGCCAUCGCAUACAUUCUAUCACUUUACGAUGACGAUCGCCACUCGGAUCCCAGUUUACCGCGCCCUACAGCUGUACUACUUGUCGGCCAUAGUAUGGGAGGAGUUGUCGCACGGUCGCUCUUCACAAUGAGCAACUAUCGGCCAGGAUCAGUCAACACAAUCCUCACGGCGGCGACACCGCAUAUCAUGCCGCCCGUAACACUCGAUUUUGAGAUUAGCAACAUUUAUGAAAGAAUUGAAUCGUUCUGGAGCCAUGGAUUUCAAGGACCAGAUGCGCCACUGAGAGAUAUGUCUCUGGUCUCGAUUGCGGGUGGCAACCUCGAUAUUAUUGUCAAUGGCGAAUCAGGCAACAUUCACAAUAUCGUACCCCAAUCUCACGGCUUCACGGUGUUCACGUCGUCGAUACCUCAUGCCUGGGUAGGAUCAGAUCAUGUGUCGAUUCUUUGGUGUAAUCAGAUUGCAACAGUUCUCGGAAAGACCCUGAUUGACGUUGUAGACGCAAGUUACCCAGCGCAAGUCAAGCCAUUGGAGGAGCGCAUGCGGAUUUUCAGGAACCGACUUUUAACGGGAAUUAACGAUCAUUUGCAGGACCCUUCAUCUUCACAAGAGGUCAUUACAAUUUCUGAUAUCGCGCAUACCAUGAUUGAGCUGGGCAGUCGUCUGACGUAUCCCCACAAAGGCAGCACAACGCAGGAUGUUGACACAGACGUUCCACACCUGUAUAUUAUGCCAAUACCACGCAGCAAUGAAGCUGACACUUUCAAUCUUCUCACCGAUCACCAGCUCGGAGAGUACAGUCGUCUUGAUGUGCUUCUCUGCAGCGACAUCCUUUCGAGUUCCAGGGCGACUUCAAUGACUCCCUCUCGGCUAUCAUGUCAGUACAGCACGCUAUCUGCAAUACCAGUGCCCGCCUCGACAGCGGGUUCGUUCUCUGCAGUACAAUCUGGAAAAUACAACCGUGGACAUGAAUUCCGGUUCAUUUCUAAAAAGCUGACUGAAUUGGAAGACGUGCAGUACGUGGCGAUCUUGGACAGGGGCCGGAAGUUUGGCGAGCCCGGAUUCUUGAUCACAGAGUUUGCGUCCGAGGCCGACUUCACCACAACGGUGGAGACAACCACCCUUGGGCUUGUGAAUGAUGGAUUACGAGUUCAUGGCUUCCCAGAACUACCAUCGUUGGUCUCAACACUUCGGUUACCCAAUAUCGACAACAGUCUGCUGACUUAUACCCUAACUGUUGACCGACCAGGCUGUCAUGAGCGGUUCGCACCUAUGCUGCGACAGUCUAGCUGGACGAUGUAUGAGGAUCGGUUCUCAGUCGACAUUACUUCUAGGGAAGCAGGAGUCGACAUUAAUUUUCACGGCGAUCUCCCAUACUUCGAUCGGAUCCAGUUGCCAGGGAAGAAGGGCAUUGAACUUCGAUUCUGGAUGGACCCGACUUGUCCUGUUCCUUUGUCGCUCAACUUGCAGGUAGACAAGUAUGGCAGCAUGGGCAAGGUCGUAAUCCGGUACCGAAUGGUCGUCUUGGUGUUCACGUUCCUGGUGGUCAUCUUGACGUUACGGGCGCAGUUCAAGGAAUUCAACAGAGGCGAGCCAUUCAAACCGUUCGGCAUGAUGAUUUCUCAGCUCAUUCUGUCGACACUUUGGAAGUUUUCGGUGCUUUUGGCCGCCAUCGCGCUUCUUCAAUCGCUACAGACAAGGACUGCCUUCGUGUUCGAACACUCCAGCUCAUCAAGAAAAUCAGAAAUCGCAAGGAGCGAGUCCUGGUUUUCGAGCUUUCGGUUUGGGGAUGCGCUGUUGGGUGGCAAUGAUACGUUUUUUUGGUUUCUAGCUCCAGUGUUCUUCCAGGUGUCGAUUGGGAUCGUGAUCUUGAUCUGGAUCAUCUUGAACGGACUCGUGAGAUCCAUCGCAUUGGUGCUGACGUUUGUGUCGAAACGCGGAGGGCGAUAUGUUAUCGGAAAGGCCAUCGGCAGCAUAUUGUCCAAGAGGUCCCGCGGCGUGCGGCGGAGAGUGAUUACGACAAUUAUCUUAUUUAUCAUGGUGGCGACAUUCGUGCCGUAUCAGUUUGCGUUUGUGGUUGCGGUUCUUGUGCAUAUUGUGUCUUGUGUGCGUUCGCUGCUUAUUGCACAAGCAUCUAAUUCUGCACAGACGCUGGCAGCAUGGGACAGAUAUCAUUACUUGAUGUCGAUAUUCGUCCUGUUCUUCUUGUUGCUGCCUUGUAAUUUGCCUGUACUUAUGGUCUGGAUUCGGAAUCUCUCUGUGCAAUGGUAUGAACCCUUUUCGUCCGACCAUCGACUGGAUUAUAUCGCACCAUUCAUCUUUUUCGUCGAAACAGUGACGGAUGGCGCCAUGGUCCCGAGGACGCCAGAGAAAGGAUAUGCGGCAGUGACCAAUGGGAUCUUGAACUUCAUUGUUGUCUUUUUAAUCAUGUUUGGAGUGCGAUACAGUUGGCAGAUCUUUUUCAUGUCCCGGAUCUGGAUUGUCUGGCUCUUGGUUCUGCAACUCAAGGAUACAGAGCUAGCUCGGAGAGUGACCAAGGCAGUGGAGGAUCAAGUGCAGGCGUUCUCUCGGCCAAGCAAGAAGCGGAAAUAG